AUGAGUCGUUUGCAAGGAUCUUCUACACUUAAACGGAAGCGACAAGACUUGGCUUCAGUGUCCGAGUCUUUGACCGAUGGUGAACGUGUAUUGUAUAAUCUCAUACAUAACAAGAAAGACAUGGGAAUCUGGACAGGAGAUAUGAAACGAGAAACAAACCUGCCUGACAGCAUAGUAAAAAAAUCUCUCAAGUUGCUUCAGUCCAAGAAUCUGAUAAAGGAGGUUGUUAACAUUCAAAACAAAGGGAGAAAGCACUACAUGGCAGCAGAGUUUGAACCUUCUAAGGAAAUCACCGGUGGUGAUUGGUACACUCAAGGGAGCCUUGAUACUGAAUUCAUAAACCUUGUAAAGGACGUGUGCUUGAAAUACAUUUUCAGGCAGAAAGUUGCCACACGUGAUGGGGUUUUGGAAUGGAGCAGAAAGAGCGGUGUCUUCACUGUUGAAGUCACAACACAGCAAAUAGAUGAGAUUUUGCGUGCUUUGGUUUUGGAUGAUGAGAUUCUAGAGGUGAAGAGCACUGGAUUUGGGGACUUUUCAUCUGUUCCUGUAGGCAGAAUUUGUUACAGAUGCAAAAGCAAAAGUGGCAAUAGAGGGGAACAGAAGCCUGGUGCCAUGGCCUCCAUUCCAUGUGGAGUUUGUCCACGAAUAAACUCUUGUACACCAGAUGGCAUUAUAUCCCCAAGAACUUGUGUCUAUUUUCAGAAAUGGUUGGACUUCUAAAGGAUUCAAAAACCAAUUCAUAGGUUAGAUAUGACCCUCCAAGUUUUCAGUCUCAUCUUGCAGCUGUUGUGUUUGAUUGUAAAAUUUUGUAUCAAAUUAAAGCUCCUGUAUUAAAAUUGAAGCCAUCAGUGUGAGUUAAAAAAUUCUGCAUUAGGAAUGCAUUGGUUAGUAAUCCUGGUUGGUGGUCAUCCUCAUUAGAAUAACCUGUCUUUACUAGCUAUUCAUUCUGUUCAUCAAAUAGAUUAAAGAUGUAUGCUGUACCAGUAGUUUUUGUUGCUUUAGAGUCUGCUGUAGUACUUGUACAUAAUCUUUUGUUGAACUUGUUCCGGUUGCCAUGAGAGGCAUAAUGUUACUGCUUAUUCUUUGUAGUACCUUGGUUCCGAUCAUCAGGGUUAUAAUGUGAGAUAUACUUUAUGCUUACAUAUUGUUGCCCGAGUAAUCUCUCUUGAUAAAUAACAGUGAAUCACACUCUGUAAGGCUUCUUAAUUGCAGGCUUUGUUAACAAAAAUAGACAAAAGACAAGCAAGCAGGGAUAGGUAUAAUGUCUCCGUUGAAGCAAGAGGACAUUACAAGUAGUAAAGAUACAAGCAGGGAUAGGCUUUUACAGAACUUUCAGGACCAAAAUUUAAAAAUUGAAAUUGCUAGUUACAUGUUUUUAUUGGGGGGUUUAACAUUAGCUACAUGCUUAGAAGCAAUAUUUAUCUAACACUGUAUUUUAGGCAUGUUAGUUACGCCGAGAAAAGGGUGUGUUCGUUUUGUCCACUAUAAAUAUUUUAUUCAUCUUUCUGUUAAAAAAAAUUUCGACAAGGAUCCAUUUUUUUCAUUAACAGCUGUUGUAGAAGAAAACAUAUAUUAUGUUUGUUGUUUACCUGUUAAAGAGUUCCUUUUUCCCAAGUCUAAUUUCAAGUUCAAAUUUUGUGAAUAGGAAAAGCAAACUUAAGUUUUCCAACCACUGAGUGGGUUCUCCCUGCUUGACCGAAAUAGUCAGGACCCAAAAAAAUGUAAAGAAUAAUUAUAAUCCAUUGUUAAACCACUAAUUAAAAAUGAAGUUUAUAUACUAGUAGUUAAUUGACAUACCUUAAGAUACAGUCCUUUCCCUUCUCUUUUCUUUUUUAAAUACCUUUGGAUAUUGAACAGUUUGGUGCUUUCUAUUUUUAGCUAGAUGGAUCCAUUCCAAUCGUUCUUAGGCUUCUACCUAGUAGUGUUUCUAACAGACAAUUUCACAAGCAAAUAGAAACAAAAGUACCUGGUCUUCAGCCCAAAAGCCUCUCAGAUAAAUGGUGCAUGUCAUUACAUGUGUCACCCAGAUGAUUAAUUGAGCCACUAUAUAUAUAUAUGCCCCCCACAAUCAUGAAUUACAUUUCAUAUUAAGUACUACUUGUCAAAUAACCUGUUUUUUCAAGACCAAAACAGGGGAACCAAAAAUGAAUCAAUCCCAAUCCCAGAAUAUGAGCCAUCAAGCUGGCCAAGCCGCGGGACAAGCUCAGG